AUGCUGCUCUCUCAGUCCAUAAGGCUCGUGACACGACAGCCAUUGACGCGCCCUUUGCUGCUGAAUCGACAACCCCAUUGUCUCACUCACAUUGCUCGGCAUGCUACAGCCAUCGAUCCAUCUCAACAAAAACAACAGCAUCGCGGCACCAAAUUCAAGCCCAUUACAGCACCUACCAUGGGUGAGAUUCCCAAACUAUACAAGGAAUUGUCGAAAGCCAAGUUAGCAUGUCUUGUUGCCCUGACGACCAUGUGUGGGUUUGCCAUGGCACCGGGACAGGCAGCUUUGUCAACUUUGUUAUAUACGACGGCAGGAACAACGCUAUGUAUUUCGUCAGCCAAUGCAUUCAACCAAUGGAUUGAGAUACCUUACGAUGCACAAAUGUUACGAACACGGAAUCGAGUAUUGGGAAGGAGAGCAUUAUCAUCUGUACAUGCCUUUUCAUUUGGCACGUUGACGGGUGCAGCAGGUGUUACUAUGCUGAGUACAAUGGUCAAUCCUCUGACAGCCGCUUUGGGUGCAGCCAACAUUUUCUUAUACACAUGCGUUUACACUCCAAUGAAACGUGCUUCCAUUGCCAAUACAUGGGUCGGUGCUGUAGUAGGCGCUAUUCCUCCUAUGAUGGGUUGGACAGCAAUGACAAAUGGCCUUGAACCAGGUGCUUGGGUUCUUGGUGCUCUUCUCUACGCCUGGCAAUUCCCACAUUUCAAUUCUCUCGCUUGGAAUUUACGUGCAGACUAUUCAAAAGCUGGUUAUCGUAUGAUGUCGGUCACUGAUCCAAAGCUCAACGCCCGUGUCUCGCUUCGAUACUCCCUCGCCAUGUUCCCAAUUUGUAUUGCCAUGCCUUAUCUCGAUAUGACAUCUUGGCUUUUUGCAGCUGAUUCAUCCAUCGUCAAUGCGGGUCUCGCUUAUCAAGCAUACAAGUUUUGGAAAGAUAGCAACGAGAAAACUGCAAGGCAACUCUUCUUUGGAAGCUUGAUCCAUAUCUCAGUACUGAUGGCAUUGAUGAUGGUACAUAAGACUUAUGAUACAAGCAUGUCACAUCCAUUGAUGUUGGACGAUGAGGAGGAUGAGGAAGAAUACGCUCUUGAGGAGGAACAAGGUGCAUCAUUGUAG